UCCCAAACCGGACAGGAUUAGCGAACGCAAUGUUUACAUUUGGCUACAAGCGGAUGCGGUUCAGAAAAGUUUGAUGUUCUGACAAAAACAGAAACAAAAACAAAAAAAAAUGUAUUCGCACGGUUCGGAGGGUUUAAUUAUACAAGCAAGAGAAAUUCAGGAAUCUGAGCUGCAGAACUUUUACAACAAAUUAAUGAAGCUCCUGCAGGGAAAGGAGGGUGGUCAUGAGACAUUGGACUCCCUGCAGAGGCUGCGCCUCAUCCUUUCUGCCAGCAAGUUCACCAGAACGUUGCCUACAGAACUCCAGAAGAGGCUGUUGUCACUCAUCCAUUCUUCUUCUGAGCAGCUUCAGGUUCUGAGCUCAGCUGUGCUAAGAGAAACGAUGUUCCCCUCUGCUCAGGAACUGAACUGUGACCAGGAUUUCGACAACCAGCUGAACACUCACGUUGCUGGCUUACUGCUUGCUCAGGCAGGUUCCAAGGCAGAUGUGUCAACUCUGUGCGCUCAGCUCCUUGGCAGUCUAGACGUCCGACCAUCUGAAGGACCAGCUUAUUCACUCACACAUAUUCUGCCAAUCAUCAGCUCCAUCCUCACACAUACCCCCGAAUGUCUCACUGAAGAUCAUGUGAUACUUCUGAGUAAGAAGUUUGUUGAUUGGCUGCGUUAUGCCAGUACCACGCAGGGAGGUGGAGCAUCUUCAGGAGGAUUUUUCGCAGGGCCCAGGUCACGACAGCCUGGCCCCGUAGCAGAGCUGGAUGGAACCGUGUCUGGGGACUUCUUCACUGUGCUGUGUGUAGGGCAGGGAUUCACUGAAGACCAGUGGAUGAAUGUCUAUUCCUUUUCCAUGCUGCACCAUUGGCUUCUCACCUACCGCUCCAGCAACACUACAGCAGACACUGCUAACAGGCCACAGCUAAGUCUGUCCCACUCCCAGUCCUUUUCUAAUGAUGACCAUUCAACAGUGGAUGGAUCAGUCGUUUCUAUGGUUUCAGCAACUUCCUCUUCUAGUCGAUUAUUGCCACCAAAGGAGCGUCUGAGAGAGAAGGCCUUCCAGUACUGCCAGCGACUCAUUGAGCAGAGCGACCGCAAGGCACAGAAAAAAACAGAUGUGGAACUCCAGAAAGCAUGCCUGGUGGAGGCGGUGUCUAUCCUGGAUUGUGUUUGUAUGGAAGACACCUCACUGGUGUUCCGAGCGUUCCCAUGUGUGAAGGCGCUGUAUGGGAGGCUUAGCUCCGACCUGACGUUUGCCAGGGUUCUGCUGCCCAUAGCACAGUUCUACCUCAACCACGGCGAGACAGCAGCAGUGGACUGUGAGACUGUGUGGAAGCAGGUGUUUGGUCAGUUCCCUGCAGAGCUGUUUAACAAUGUCUUCCUGGCACAUGAACUUCUGCGCUUCAUUCGUUUGAAUCUGGAGAACCUGCAGCUCCGGGUUCCAGAGUACACCCGCUCCUUCCCAAACCUGCUGAAGUUCUUGGCAUGGGACAGUCCAGCAGUCAUAGAUGACUUUGUAGAUCUGCUGCCCUCAGUGGUGACACCUGGUACCGCGGUGGAGCUGCUGCACACGCUGCUUGAUCUGCCAUGUCUCUCUGCUACGCUCGCCUUACAGCUCAGGUCGACUUGUUUACCUAUCUCUGAGGGGGGUGGGCGUGGUCUUAUGUCACUGGAUGCAUUUCGAAGCCCCACCUACCGUGGGCUUUUUUUAUUUCUGCUCCGAAGGGAAGCAGGUUCAGGUGACACCAUGGAUCGACUUAGUAUACUGCACGAGCUGCUGGCUGAAGCUGCUGAUUGGCCGAGAGUGGUUCAGUGUGCGCAAACAGUACCUGUGUUGUUGCACAUUUAUUUCAACACAGUCAUUAAGGUAGGUGAUGAGAAGCUUUUAUCCCAUUUGGUACUGGUGCAGUUGGAGAGGAGCAGCCUCCUCCUGAACAACCGUAAAUACAUCAAAGAGGUACACAGAGUGUUCAGCUGCCACCUGCUGAGGAUGUGCAGGCUCCGCCCCUCCAUCAUAGUUGAUCAGUAUCAAGAGCUGCUGGACUUCGCUGGAACGACCGCCAACGUGUACAGCAAAGAAGAGAUCUACACACACGUGGUGUGGGUGCUGGGCGAGUACCUCUCUCUGUCAUGUGACUCUCGCUGCUCAGUGAAGCUCAUCACUUGCUGUUUUGAGUCACUGGAGGCUGUGCUGUUUGAAAUAACUUCAUCUGCUCUGACCCCUGAAGCAGAAUGCCCCGCCCCAAGGGUCAUCACCAGUCUAAUGAGUGCGCUUGCUAAACUGGCAUCACGAUCACAUGACCUCAUACCCAGGGUUUCUCUGUUCCUGUCCAAGCUGAGGACAGUGGCCAGAAGCGGCUCAGUUCCCUGGUGUUCUGAUGAGGAUGACCUUGUUGCUAUAGUAACACGGGGGGAGGAGUUGUGGUUGCUGCUGAAAACUCCUGGCGUGGCUCAGAGUGUUCUGACUCCGCCUCCUCAUGUGGCCUCACCACAUUGGCACCGGGACACUAACGUGGCCAUGCCACUGCGACUGCGCGCGCUCAGCAGCCUUGCACAGUCACGCUGAAUAAAUGCACACAGCUGCAUCCUGCAGCCACGCAUAAUA